AUGCUCACACAACAAGAAGAAGUCGAAGUGGAUGUCCGCAAGGAAGAUCAGUUGCGUAUCAAUGAAUUUGGACGUAACAAUGCGUUGUUGCAUGAAAUUCGUGAUCAAAAGAAGACGCUUAAGGAUAAACUCGAUACUUUGGAAGAUGCCAAUACAGACCUUAUGAUGAGUGAAGGUGGUGAUACCAUUCAGUUGUUUAUUGGGGAGAGUUUUAUAGAGGUCUCGGAGGACUCGGCCCAAGAAUAUAUUGAGAAACGUGUGGAGGAAGUAAACACGGAACUGAAAAAGCUGCACGUGGAAGAGUUAAAGCUUGAGGAUCGACAGGCGGCUCUGAAAAAGUUGCUCUACAGCCGCUUUGGUCAAAGCAUUAAUCUGGAAGAUAGUUAG